CCUUAACAUGCUCCAUCAUAACAUGUCUUGAACAACAUAUCUGUGUGCUAUUCGGCAUGAGUGCUGAUCAAAAUGGCGAGGAAAAGAAAGAGUGUCAACUAUGGCGACGAAUCCAACCAGCCUCCAACCAAAAAGGUAGCCUCUACUGAGCCGUUACCGGACGGCGUCCAUCACUAUGAAACGCUUGAAGAAGUUCCGUGGGAUUUGCAGAAAUAUUGGCAUCAGGGGUAUUCCAUCUUCUCGAAAUACGACGAUGGAAUUUGGAUGACAGACGAUGCAUGGUUUGGUGUCACCCACGAGUCUGUCGCAAAUACGAUAGCAAAGCACGUCAGCGAGGCCACGAACAGAUCAAUUAUAGUUGACGCGUUCUGUGGAGUGGGAGGGAAUACUAUCGCCUUUGCACUGUCCGGCAAGUUCAAGCGAGUUUAUGCCAUAGAGAAGGACGCUGCUACGCUGGCAUGUGCUAAGCACAACGCUGAGAUUUAUGGCGUCGCGGAUAAGAUUACCUGGUUCCAUGGAGAUUGCUUCGAAAUACUUGGGGCCAUGGAAGGGCGGACAGAGAAGACUGUCGAUGCACUGAAAGCCAUUGUCGGUCAAUUCGGCUUGAUAUUCGCCAGUCCACCGUGGGGAGGACCUUCUUACCGCAAUGCUGAGGUUUUUGAUCUGGAGUCGAUGGAGCCGUACACAUUCAGCCACUUGUACAAAUCCUUUCAAAAGGUGACCUCGAAUGUUGUGUUGUAUUUACCGAGAACGAGCGACUUGAGACAGGUAGCGAAUGUGGUGCAAGAGGACAAAACGGUUCAAGUCGUACAUUACUGCACAAACGGUACUAGUCGAGCGUUAUGCACUUAUCUUGGGGACUGGGCUCCUUUAAAGCUGAAUAGCUGAUCAAAUGAAAAAUGAAC